CAAAACGUACCAUUGAUUUCUCCAAUCUCGAAUAAAUAGGAGCCCAAGGAGCCAGAUUUCCAUGGGUAUACCGAGAGAGAGAAGAAGAGGGAGGAACUUCAUUUGGAAACUCUCCUUCCUUCCUUCCGCUUAUUGUGCCCAGUCCGGCUCCGGAGUCCCCAAGAACAAGUCCAGGAACAAGGAGGAGAACACAUCGAUCCAAACGAACGCCGAGAUCGAGAGAUAAAAUGGCGUCGGCCAGCUUCAUCGCCCGCUGCGUCUCCGUCCCCGCGCGCCUCAUCGCCAACCCCACGCCCCUCGCCAUCACCACCUGCAGGCUGCGGCGGCUUGGCGCCGUGGGAGCGAGGCCGGUGUGCGCUGCCGGGAGGAUGCUCGGCUCCGUCAGAUACGGCACCGGAGCAGCGUCGGGCCCCAAGGAAGCCAAUGCGGAGGUGGCCGCCGUGCCGCCGUCGGUGCCGGUGCGCGUCGCCUACAAGCUGCAGCUGGCCGGCCACCGCUACCUCGACGUCAGAACGGAGGGUGAGUUCGGCGGCGGGCAUCCGGCAGGAGCGGUGAACAUCUCCUACAUGCACAGCACCGGCUCAGGGAUGGCGAAAAACUCGGGCUUUCUAGAGCAAGUGUCGGCGAUAUUCAGGAGGGAAGACGAGAUCAUCAUUGUACGCCUUCCACUGAUCCGAAACACCUUGUAA